CUCUCCGGAAGGAACCUCGCGAGAAGCGGGCGGCUCUCGCGAUAUCUCCCUGCCCCUACCUGAUUCUGCUGCUUGCUGCUGUUGCUGCUGCAUGUGCCACUCAGGAGGGUGGGAACGGCAGGAGGAGGAACCACCGCCCCCUUCCUCCCCCCAGACCCCGGCUGAGGAUCCCCCCUCGGACUUGUGAUAUGGCAAUGGAUGCACCCGAGUCUGCACUUCUUGAUUGUAAAGGAGACCAAAGGUGCAACGCAAGGCCAGACGCAGACUAUCCUCUCCGAGUUCUCUACUGUGGAGUCUGCUCAUUGCCAACAGAGUAUUGCGAAUACAUGCCAGAUGUGGCAAAAUGUAGGCAAUGGCUAGAGAAAAAUUUUCCAAAUGAGUUUGCAAAACUUACUGUAGAAAAUUCUCCUAGACAAGAAUCUGGUGUUGGAGAAGGACAAGGAACAGUGGGUGAAGAGGAAGAGAAAAAAAAGCAAAAGAGAGGUGGAAGAGGUCAGAUAAAACAGAAGAAGAAGACGGUACCACAAAAAGUUACGAUAGCGAAAAUUCCUAGAGCAAAGAAGAAAUACGUCACAAGAGUGUGUGGUCUUGCAACCUUUGAAAUAGACCUUAAGGAAGCACAAAGGUUCUUUGCUCAGAAAUUCUCCUGCGGUGCCUCAGUAACAGGAGAGGAUGAAAUAAUCAUUCAGGGGGACUUUACAGACGACAUCAUUGAUGUCAUCCAGGAAAAGUGGCCUGAGGUUGAUGAUGAUAGCAUUGAAGAUCUAGGAGAAGUAAAGAAGUGAUGCUGUUUUUUUAAAAGAAUAAAAAAAAACACUGCCUUCUAACAAACACCGA